CAUCACAACAAACAAAACUGAAUAAAAAAACAAAACCAAAAAAACACUCGCUUUUGACAGCACAAAAAAGCAACAAACCCAAUUUCCCUCAUCUUCUACCUACCUACCUAUAAUCUCACAAUCCUCCACCGUCACCUCCACCGCCCUUCUCUGCAAUCCAACGGGUUGAAGAACACCAAAAAGGAGCUCAAUUAAUUCAAAUUCCCGGUGAUUUUUCAUCUGGGUCGAUGGCGGAUCUUGAAAAUAGGCUCGAAUUGUCGGGUAAGCCCAAACCCACCUUGUUCUUCAAUCGAUCGCUUAGCAUGUACCCUACCCCCAUGGAUGCUCCCAAGAAGCCCCAUUUCCAUGCUUCGCUCGAUCACCACACAAAUUCCUUCAAGAAAUUCUACAAUUCCAUCGAGACGGUGCGUUCCGCCAGCAGUUCCUUCAAAGGGAAGGUCAAGAAGCUCUGCAGUUUCUUCGAAUCGGAGAAACCUGGGUCGCGAAAUCCUGAUGAAUCGCAAUCCCUGAUUAAUGUCAAGCUAAGACCCUCGAAGUCAAUGGCGCCGUCGAAAUCCAUGGCGCCAGAUUUUCGGAUUCUGUCGAUUCGGUUGCCAGGCACGGAUGAUCGAAUUGUGGUGUAUUUCACGAGUUUGCGAGGGAUUCGGAGGACAUAUGAGGAUUGUUAUGCUGUGAGGAUGAUAUUCAAGGGGUUUGGGGUUUGGGUUGAUGAAAGAGAUAUAUCUAUGGAUUCGGCUUAUAGGAAAGAGUUGCAGAGCGUUUUGGGUGAGAAGAAUGUGAGUUUGCCACAAGUAUUUAUAAGGGGAAAGUAUGUGGGAGGUGCUGAGGUGAUCAAACAGCUGUUUGAGACUGGGGAAUUGGCGAAAAUUCUUCAAGGGAUUCCUAUUCGGAAACCCGGGUUUGUGUGUGAAGGUUGUGGGGAUGCGCGGUUCGUGCCCUGCAUGAAUUGCAGUGGGAGUAGGAAGGUAUUUGAUGAAGAUGAAGGGAUGCUCAAGAGGUGCCCUGAGUGCAAUGAAAAUGGUUUGAUUCGGUGUCGUGAUUGCAGCUCUUGAGUUGCCAAAUGCCACGUUGCUGCAUACUCUAGACGCCCUGCUGUUGUUCAUAAAUAAAUAACUACUCGAGAAUAGUUGAUGGUAAUGCUUAAAGUUGGGAUCCAAAUUUCUCUUUGAUUUGUGGUUUUUUUGUUGGUUGAUUGUGCAUCUGUUGGGGACUGAUGUUCAUUCACUCUUUGAACUGCAUUUUGAAUAAUAGCGUAUGUUAUCAAGAUGCAAAAUUGGUAUGGGUAUGUCUGAUUGUAAUACACACUAGGGAGAGGUGUUUCUUUCCUCCCCAAUGGCAAUGUAAAUAUUUAGUAUAUUGUAUCUCUGCAAAGGGUUGCAAACUAAUGAAAUGUAUUGAGAUUGGAUUUA